UGUGUGUGUGUAUGUGUGUUGGUGAAUGAGUACUGAGGAGCAGCGGCCGCCAUUUCAGGGAGCGAGCCGACGCUGUCGCAGGGGUGGAUCCUGAACUGCCAAAGCCGCUGCCCUGCUCUCCCGCGCGGGCUCCUUUAAUCCCAUUGUUUCUUUUAGAUUCGCUUGGGCCUAGACGCCCUCGGGGCCCGAUAUUCGGGUUGGGCGGUACCGCGGCCUGGGCCUAGGGGCUUAACAGUAGCACCGGCGGCGGCAGCGGCAGACUUCCCGAGCCGAGUACAGGCGCGCGAAAGCCCGCACAGGCGUGUAGAGAAAAUGGCAGACGAUAUUGAUAUUGAAGCAAUGCUUGAGGCCCCUUACAAGAAGACUUGCCUAACGAUAUCUCACCUCUACUCCCAUGAAUUCACCUUUGAUUCCAGUGUGAACUGUCAAUCAUAAGGUAGUAAUUGAGUGACUUAUCGCUGUACCGUGGUCCCCUAGGUAAAAUGACUCAACUAAGAAUUAACCAGCUCCAGUUUGGUAUAGCAAAAAAGGUGAAUGUAGUGGUUUGGGAAAAUAGCAGGGGUCCAAGAAUAAAUUAUAACCAGUCCGUGACAAGUAAAUCAUCUUACAAGUCUUUAAAGAAGAAAUGGGUGAGAUUAAAAAUUUAUUUUAUAAUAAUAGAUAUAAGGCUGGUGAUAAUAAAACUUAAAACCAGGCAGGUGUUGAUCUGCUUUUCAGUUAAUAAUUACUAAAAUUCUUGGAUCCCUGAAUAGAAAUUAGCACAAAAACAAACCAAAAAAAACCAACAAAAGGCAAGAGGCAGUGUCACAUGUUAGAGUCACUUGAUGACUGUUUUACUGCUCUCCAUAGUAUAUUGUUUUUAAUUAGGCCCUACCAUAGUAUUUCACGCUAAAAACUACCAAGGAAUUAUUUUGGUUAACAGAGCAAUGACAGUCAGUAUCACAGUAAAAGUAAACACCCUUCAUUCUUUUACCAGUUGGUGGUGAAAAUAGCAGUAUGCAUGCAUUAUCACUGGUAUCACAAACCUUAAGCUUUGUAACUCAGCAGAUAUACUACUAUAGCUGAUGUGUUUAAACUUUGAAAUAAACAUUGCGCAUAAACCGUUUAAAAAUAAUACAUUUGUUUUCGAGUGUAGCACGACCAUGUGGUUCCUUUUGGAUGAAUGCUGAUAGUUUUAAAUAGUGUAAUUUUGUAAUGCUAGAAUCUUGAAGAUGUAUUUUCUGAUUUUAAUGUUUCUUGUCUUAGUUUAACAUGGAUGUAAUUCCAUGUAAACAGGUAUGGAAGUAGGAAAUGUUUAGGCUGGACUGGUGAAUUAUUAAUUAACUUUUCUUGGGUUCUUGGGAGUCAACAUUACUAAAGCAGUGUGAAUCCCUGUUUGCUUCAGGGCGAGAUGUGUGACAGAGGUGGCAUCAAGCUCUUACAGUCCCAACCCUCCAACGGAAAUGGGCGAAGAUCUCAGGAAUGGCAUCGGUCACAGGAAAUCGAUAGUGGCUGGCUGCUAGCAUGGCCACUUGGGGCUUAGGCAGAAAUAGAGCCAUGGUACCGACAAGAGGGACAAUAGCACAUGGAAUAAAACUCAAUGACUUCAUGUUUCAUAGAAAUCAUAUUUAACCACUUCAACAUUGUAACUCUGGAUAACUUAUUUAAUAUCUAAACUCUGUAAGAAAGUAAAUAUGUUAAUGUGGAAAGAUUUUAAUUUUUGUUUCUUGAUGACUUAAUUAUUAGCAACAAAGUGGUUAAACGUAUACCAUCUAAAUUUUUUUUAUAGCCUUCCAUGAUAAACUAAAUAAGUAAUUAGUUUUAAAAUUGUCUUGUAUUUUCUUAUUCCUAUUCCCUUUACCCUUUGACAACUUGAAAUGUUACCACUUCGUCCUCAUGAUGUUCUUCUAUCAACCUUGCUUAGGAUGAGAACAAGUUGAGCAGUGCUAAUGGCCACGAAGAACGUAGCAAAAAGUAAAAAAAAAAGCAAGAGCCGAAGUCGUAGUCAUGAGCGAAAGAGAAGCAAAAGUAAGGAACGGAAGCGAAGUAGAGAUAGAGAAAGGAAAAAGAGCAAAAGCCGGGAACGAAAGCGAAGUAGAAGCAAAGAAAGGAGACGAAGCCGCUCACGAAGUCGAGAUAGAAGAUUCCGAGGCCGCUACAGAAGUCCCUACUCCGGACCAAAAUUUAACAGUGCCAUCCGAGGAAAGAUUGGGUUGCCUCAUAGCAUCAAAUUAAGCAGAAGGCGUUCCCGAAGCAAAAGUCCAUUCAGGAAAGACAAGAGCCCUGUAAGGGAACCUAUUGAUAAUCUAACUCCUGAGGAGAGGGAUGCAAGGACAGUUUUCUGCAUGCAGCUGGCAGCAAGAAUUCGACCAAGGGAUUUGGAAGAGUUUUUCUCUACAGUAGGAAAGGUUCGAGAUGUGAGGAUGAUUUCUGAUAGAAAUUCAAGACGUUCCAAAGGAAUUGCCUAUGUGGAAUUUGUUGAUGUUAGCUCAGUGCCUCUAGCAAUUGGAUUAACUGGUCAACGUGUUUUAGGAGUGCCCAUUAUAGUACAGGCAUCACAGGCAGAAAAAAAUCGAGCUGCUGCAAUGGCUAACAAUUUACAAAAGGGAAGUGCUGGACCUAUGAGGCUUUAUGUGGGAUCAUUACACUUUAACAUAACUGAAGAUAUGCUUCGGGGGAUCUUUGAGCCUUUUGGAAGGAUUGAAAGUAUUCAACUCAUGAUGGAUAGUGAAACGGGUCGAUCGAAGGGAUAUGGAUUCAUUACAUUUUCUGAUUCAGAAUGUGCCAAAAAAGCUUUGGAACAGCUUAAUGGAUUUGAACUAGCUGGGAGACCAAUGAAAGUUGGUCACGUUACUGAACGAACUGAUGCUUCUAGUGCUAGUUCAUUUUUGGACAGUGAUGAACUUGAAAGGACUGGAAUUGAUUUGGGAACAACUGGUCGUCUCCAAUUAAUGGCUAGACUUGCAGAGGGUACAGGUUUGCAGAUUCCACCAGCAGCACAGCAAGCAUUACAAAUGAGUGGCUCUUUGGCAUUUGGUGCUGUGGCAGAAUUCUCUUUUGUUAUAGACUUGCAAACACGACUUUCCCAACAGACUGAAGCCUCAGCUUUAGCUGCAGCUGCAUCUGUUCAACCACUUGCAACACAAUGUUUCCAACUUUCUAACAUGUUUAACCCUCAAACAGAAGAAGAAGUUGGAUGGGAUACAGAGAUUAAAGAUGAUGUGAUUGAAGAAUGUAAUAAACAUGGAGGAGUUAUUCAUAUUUAUGUUGACAAAAAUUCAGCUCAGGGCAAUGUAUAUGUGAAGUGCCCAUCUAUUGCUGCAGCUAUUGCUGCUGUCAAUGCAUUGCAUGGCAGGUGGUUUGCUGGUAAAAUGAUAACAGCAGCGUAUGUACCUCUUCCAACUUACCACAACCUCUUUCCUGAUUCUAUGACAGCGACACAACUACUGGUUCCAAGUAGACGAUGAAGGAAGAUAUAGUCCCUUAUGUAUAUAGCUUUUUUUUUCCUUGAAUUCAUCUUGAGUUAUCUUUUAUUUAGAUAAAAAUAAAGAGGCAAGGGUCUACUGUCAUUUGUAUUCAACUCCUGUUAUCUUGAAAAAUAAAAAUGUUAACAGGAAUGCAGUGUGCUCAUUCUCCCUAACUAGCAAAUCUUACUUUAUGCAAAGCUCUUUGCUUGUUCUGCCGUUUUAAAAUGUCCGUGUAGAAAAUUACAUUAAGGCUCUAUAGAAUAGCUCUAGGGGAACAAAUGUGCUUUCUGUAUAAAGGCAGACAGGUAAUGUUUUAAUAUUUCAGAAGCCUAACUUUUUACACAGCAGUUACAUUUCACAUUCUUUCUCAUGUAUUUUGCUCCUUGGUUCAGGAAAGGUUUCUGGAAUACACAUUUAGUGUGUGGAAAAUCUAGGCAGCUAAGGGCUGUUUAGCAUCUCACCUUGAUUAUUUGGCAAGAAGGGGCUUUCAAAAUUAUAUUGGUUGAUGGUAACUUUUCAAUUAUUGUAUCUGUAAAAGUUUCUUUGUAAAUACUGUGUGUUAGUGUGUCUUGAGAUUCCAAACAAAAUGAUCCCUGCAUUUCCUGAAGAUGGUUGAUGUAACAGUUUGAGCAAAGCUGUCUGAGCAAGUGAUAGGAAAUGCAGAAAUAGGUUUUGUCUGGUUGCAUAUAAUCUUUGCUCUUUUUAAGCUCUGUGAGCUCUGAAAUAUAUUUUUGGGUUACUUCAGUGUGUUUGACAAGACAGCUUGAUAUUUCUAUCAAACAAAUGACUUUCAUAUUGCAACAAUCUUUGUAAGAACCACUCAAAUAAAAUUCUCUGAAAAAGGA